AUGGUAUCCAUAGGUCAACAGUGGGAUAUAGCAAUGCUAAUACUUCCAAUACCAAUACCAAAUGCUAUUGGUAGUAUUGGUAUCGGUAAUUUGCAACGAAAAAUCAAACUUGAAAAUUUCGAAAAACUAAUGACAGUUUCGGAUUCCUCGACUCCGCCAAACUUUGAUUAAACUUCAUAAAAAAAACCCUUAUUUUCUGAAAAAAAGCCUUCCCUGACGAAAAAAUGAAGAACUUAAAAUUAAUCUCUCAAAUUUUAGAUCCUAGCUUUUUUCGUCAAUGAAAGGACUUUUUUGGAAAAAUAGCGGUGAUAUCUAAAGUUUGAACAACAGCUUUCGGGAGCAAGGAAUAUGAAUCUAUCAUUAAUUUAUUGAAAUUUUCAAGUUUAAUUUUCCUUUGUAAAAUACCGAUAUCAAUAUCAUCAAUAGCAUUUAGUAUUGCUAUUCGAAUUGUUAGCACUGUUACAUCCCUCUGUUGACCUAUGGGCACCCUUAAAAAAAGCACGAGGACUUAAGGACACCUUCAUAUAAUAUGAGGUGAGGACCUAUAAGUACUUUCAAAUAAUAAGACAUGAGAAGCGACGGGUAUCUUCAUAUAAUAGGGCAUGAGGGCCUAAGGGUAUCUCUAUGUAAUUGGAGAUGAGGACCUAAGAGUGUUUUGAAAUAAUAGGAGAUGAAUACUCAAGAGUAUCUUCAAAUCAUAGGACAUGAGGACGUAAGGGUAUCUUCAAAUAAUAGGAGAUGAGGACCUGAGGGUAUCUUGAAAUAAUAGGGCAUGAAUACCCAAAGUACUUUCAAAUAAUAGGACAUAAGGACCGAAGAGUAUUCCCAUAGUAGUCAACCUUCCUGACGAAAUUUAUUUAAUUUCACAUCAAGUAAAAACCAAGUACUUUUCUAGUACUUAAGUACAAGUACAAAAGUAUUUUUUUCGUACUUAAGUACAAGUACAAGUAUAGGGGUAAGUAUACUUGUGAAAAGGCAAGUAAAAGCAGAAGUACGUUUUUUAAAGUACAAGUAAAAUACUUUUACUUGCUGUACUUGUACUCGUCCGAGCUCUGUUAAAAACUCUUAAAAAGUUUAUUAUUCUGCUUUCCUUUUUAUAGCGUUUGGAUAUCAAUACAAUUCAUCAUUUUAUCAAUGUUACAAUCCAACAUACCAAGCAUGUUUCAAC